AUGGUGAAGAAGCGAAAGGCGAAGAACCAGGGCGGGGCUGGCGACAUGGACAUGGGGGACGUCGCCGCGCCUUCCGCCGCGACAUUCUCCGCGGGAGCCGCUAAGGACGUCGCGGCCGCCGGAUUUUCCGCCGCUUCAGCCGCCGUGGGAGGCGCCGAUGCAUCCGGCGAGGCGGGAGGUCCGAUCGCUGGCGGCAACGCGAUGGACACGAGUGAGACGAUGGGGUUCACGGUGAUCAAGGCCUCGGCUGAGAGCGCUCGCAGCACACCCGCUCUACCAGCCAUAAGACUGCAAAAGGCCACUCUCUCUGCAAAGGCCACACUCUCUCUUGCAAGCAGUGCGGAUUCUGUUCAGUUGCAUGCCCCUUCUGUUCUUAUCAACCUCAUGCUCCUCAACUCACCUUCUCACACUGACAUACAUCAACCAUCUCCCCACACUGACAUGUUAGAUUUGGUGCGUUAA